UGCGAGGCCUCAAAAGAAAGAAAAGCGUUGGCUCAUUUGCUGGGGCAGAAAAAUGAGCAUAAAAAUUAAGCGAGGGUGAUUUAUUUCCCGGGCAACUGCUUGAUGUAACUCGAGUGCGUUCAUUAUGCAGUAAUGAGAAUAAUAAUAUAUAAAGAGCUCAAGCGGCAUCGUCCAGUUGCUCUACACAUUUGCUUUUCUACAAUAUGCGUGGCAAGAUUACACUUGAAGACCAUUGGGACCAUCCAGAUAACGGUGAACAGGCACACAAAUGGGCAGGGCUGUUUGCGGUGGAUCCUGAAAAGAACGUGAGGGAAAUUAUGGAUCUGGACCACAUCCGUACUUCGUAUAUGGACGAAUACGGGGUUGGCUAUACCAUCCUCUCUUAUACAUCGCCCGGUGUGCAGAGCAUUACCGACCCCGGGGAAGCGCUCAAGUUUGCCCAAAAAGUAAAUGACUAUGUGUACGAAAAGAUCAAAGACAAAUCUGACCGCUAUGGAAGCUUUGCUGCCUUGCCUAUGCACGACCCAAAGACGGCGGCGGAAGAAUUGACUCGAUGUGUGCGUGAAUAUGGAUUCAAGGGAGCACUUGUCAACGACUACCAAGUGGGAGAAGACGGUGAAACGCUGAUUUUCUACGACCAACCAGAGUGGGACGUCUUUUGGGAAACAUGCAGCGAAUUGGGCGUGCCAUUCUACAUGCAUCCUCGUGAACCUUAUGGCAUUAUCUACGAUAAGCUCUGGAAGCAACGUAAAUGGCUUGUCGGUCCUCCGUUGUCUUUUGCCCAAGGUGUAUCGCUGCAUGUUCUCGGCAUGGUUACCAACGGAGUGUUUGAUCGGUUUCCAAAAUUGCAGGUCAUCAUGGGCCACUUGGGUGAGCAUGUCCCCGUUGACAUUUGGCGCAUUAAUCACUGGCUGGAAGAUGUCAAGAAACCUUGCGGCUUGCACAAGACGAUGAAGAAAACGAUUCGUGAAUACUUUCGUGACAAUAUCUGGGUGACGACGUCUGGCAAUUUUUCAACGCCCACCAUGAAUCUGGUGAUCAACGAGAUUGGCGCCGACCGUAUCAUGUUCUCUACCGACUAUCCUUUUGAAAGCUUCAAAGACGCAUGCACCUGGUUCGAUGCAGCAGAAUUACCGGAACAAACCAGAGAAGCCAUUGGUAGAGGAAAUGCUAAAAAGUUGUUCAAACUGGACCAAUAUAAAGAUUGCGAUGCUUAAUUCUUAUAAAUGUAAAAUAAAAUGUAAUCCUGUUUCGUAAAACACUGUUAAAAAACUAGACGUCUACGUGGGCGUGAUGGCUAUGAAGUCGUAUGCUUCUUUGGAUUAUUCUAUGCUCAUACCAUUAUCC